AUGAAGCGACCACUGAGGGCCAAUGAUGAUCACCAGAAUCUAAAUUCGACGCAGAAUUUGGACCUGCUGACGGAGACUUUGGCAGUAAUCAAUGCUUACAAGCCCACUGAACACAAUACCGAAUUAGCUACCGCGUCGGACCAUAAUCUCUACGGCAAAGCUGGCCCUUCCAAAUCCAAGGCAAAAGGCAAAGAAAGGGCAAAAGUUUCAUCAGAUCACGACGAGCAUGCAACCCACAUCUUGUGUUCUGCCUGCAUGGAGCCGUAUCCGCGCUUUGAUGCACUUGAGCUUUGCUGCAAGCGUCAGACAGACGACUCCACUCAUGCUUACUGCAGGACGUGCCUGAAUGACUUAAUUCACACUAGUCUCGCAGACACCACUCUUUUUCCGCCUCGGUGCUGCGGCAAAAUCUUGCCGAUAUCUCGUUGCAAGCAACUGUGCCCACCAUCACUGCUAGCACAAUACGAGGACAAACAGAUGGAGCUAGCGACGCCGAAUCCUGUAUACUGCAGUAACCGACAUUGUGCCAAAUUUAUCAAGCCUGAUAAUGUCACUGCUGAUACUGCAGUAUGCCAAGCUUGCCAGAACGAAACCUGCGCUCUUUGUCAAAAUCCAAGACACAAUGGGGUGUGCCCAAGAGAUCCAUCAAUACAGCGACUGAUAGAAGUAGCUAACAAAGAGGAGUGGCAGCGAUGUCCUAACUGUAGAACAUUGGUUGAGCUAACCACAGGCUGCUACCAUAUGCGAUGUCGAUGCGGCACGCAGUUUUGUUACCUAUGCGCAACGCUAUGGAAGACCUGCACCUGCCCUCAGUGGGAUGAAAGGCGCCUCCUCACCAACGGAAAAGCUGGGAAUGGCCCACGCAACCGAAUCGCGAUGCCUGAAGAGGGUGAAAUACCUGAGUUAGAUCCUAACAUUGACAUCUUAGAAGAUAUGCGCAUGCGACUCGCAACCGUAGCCGGAGGGUAUGCAAUUGCUAACGACGAAGACGCAGACGAGGAUACUAGUCGGUUCGCCGGCAAAUGUGACCAUAAAUGGGAACGAACAUAUGGCAGGCAUGGUGAACGUGAAACGUGUGGAAUAUGCCAUCAUCACCUCAAGUUUGUAAAUAGUUGUACGAGAUGCAUGACGAGAGCCUGUAAUCGAUGUCUCAACAAUAGGCUAUGA